AUGCUUUUCAAUUCGAUUCGGCCGUCCCUCGGCAAUGUGAGCCGCGGUCUUCACUCCGCCCUCCGCACCCCCAACUCUGCCUCGCUGCUGUCCACCCUCGCGAUUCUCGAGCAGCGAGAUGGCCAAUUGAACCAGGGGUCACUGAGCGCUAUCACAGCUGCGAAGAAGCUCGGAGGUUCGGUUCAUGCCUUUAUCGCUGGCAGUGAUGUGAGCGGGGCCGCCCAAGAAGCUGCUAAGGUUGCUGGAAUCGAAAAGGUCGUCAAGGUGUCAAACAACGCCUACGAAAAGGGUAUUCCCGAGAGCUUCGCCCCGCUCCUAGUCGAGAACAUCAAGAAGGGUGGCUAUACACAUGUCAUCGCCGGAAAUACAGCCUUCAGCAAGAAUGUGUUGCCGCGUGUGGCCGCUCUCCUCGACACCCAGCAGAUUUCGGACAUUACCGCUAUCGAGAACGAGAACACUUUUGUGCGCCCCAUCUACGCUGGUAACGCCAUCGCGACAGUCGAGUCUUCCGACCCCCUUAAGAUCAUUACCGUCCGAGGCACUGCCUUCCCUGCCGCCGCCGUAGAGGGCGGUUCCGCUACCGUUGAGGAUGGUGCGGACCCCAAGGCCGAGACAUCUACUGAGUGGUUGUCGGAAGACUUGACCAAGUCUGACAGGCCUGAUCUGGCGACGGCCAGCAAGGUUGUCUCUGGCGGCCGUGGUCUGAAGUCCAAGGAAGACUUCGACAAGAUUAUGACUCCCCUCGCCGAUUCUCUUGGUGCCGCCAUCGGUGCCUCCCGCGCGGCUGUCGACAGUGGCUACGCCGACAACAGUCUCCAGGUUGGCCAGACCGGAAAGGUUGUGGCUCCCCAAUUAUACUUGGCCGUUGGUAUCUCGGGUGCCAUCCAGCACUUGGCUGGUAUGAAGGACAGCAAGGUUAUUGCGGCGAUCAACAAGGAUGCGGAUGCGCCCAUCUUCCAGGUUGCCGAUGUCGGCCUCGUUGGUGACCUCUUCACUGAAGUGCCGAAGCUCACUGAAGAGCUUAAUAAGAUUGAGAAGAAGGCGUAG